AUGAAGUACACUAUUGCAUUUCUCGCUCUUUUCGCUUCUUCUGCCUUCGCUCUGCCUUGCAAAGAGUGUGACGGUUGCGGCCCAGCUCCCGGCCCAGCCCCCAGCCCUGCCCCCGGCGAAACCCCUGGCGACAAUAAUGGCAACGUAAACGUAUGCAGCAAUGACCAGAAGAAGGUUUGCUGCAGCGACUCGGGAGGCUUUAUGGGCGGCUUCUUUUGCAACUUCAACGUUUUUGGAGAAAAUUGCUCUGGUAGCACCUACUGCUGCGCUGGAGACAAGGUUGAGCAGAACGGCUUUGUCAACUUCAACUUCCUCAACAAUCACUGCAGUCACAUGUUUUAG